CGUUGGCGAUUCUUUCAAUGUAGUACACAUAACGUAAAUGGCUUCGUUAAAGUUAAUUCUUUGUGCUGAAAAUGCAGAUGUCGGAUACAGUCACGUCACCUGAGAUAAAAGAGGCACUACGACAGCGGCGGAAUGAUUCCUUGUCUAAAUUCUUCAGACAUUCAGCUGUGUCUGCUGGUUUGGCGUUUGUUGGAGUAGCUGUUGGAAUCGCCAGUAUCGUGGUGGGAGUAGAUAAUGGGCCGUGGCAUCUGGCAGGUGGAUCUCUUAUUCCAGGAAUAAUGAUCAGUAUUUGUGCCGUACUUGGAUAUCAAGUGUAUCAAGCAGGACGAGCACACCAGGGUUACGAGAAUGUUGGAGCCAAGGCCAAAUGUUUUUUCGUGGCCCACUACGUUUUAAGUUUGCUGACAGCUUUAAUUUCUCUGGCCUUCAUCGCACUCUCAGCUGUUGGUAUCGUCUGGUGUUCAGGAGUCGAACAUUAUUACGUAAGAAUUAACCGUAUCACCUACAAGAAAAACACCACUUGUCCGGAAAACAAAACGGCGGCCAUAGUGACUAGCGGAUUAUCCAUGUGCGACAGCUUCCUGAUAAGUGUGUGGUGCAUCCUGGGAACAGUUUUCUUUUGUUGUUACUUUAGAGCAUUUGGAGUCCAACGGAAGUACAGAUAUUAUCCAUAGUAAUUAGAUACCUGACUUGUCGGGAAAGUUUAUUUUCUAUAUAAUCAAUUAAUAUCUCCAUGUUUGUAUUCAGAAAUAAAGAGGGUUUAGAAAGCCAUUAUUUUCAUUGGCAUGAUUGGUAAGAAUACAUGUAUUUUAUUAAUGUUCAUUUUGUUUGAAGGGUACACUGUACGUAUGCAAUUCGAAUACAACUACUAGUAUUACAAUUUGUGACUGAAUGAUUUAUUCAGUAAAUCUUAAACGUGUUAAAUAUAUGGAAGCAAAU